UUGUGUGUUUCUUCUCCAUUCAGAAUGAUACAGAUCUUGGACCCCAGACCCUUGUCCAGCUCCAGCAUGCCUGUGGACAUGGCCAUGCGAAUUUGCAUAGCCCAUUCUCCGCCGCUGAAGAGCUUCCUCGGCCCCCUCGAGGACUGCCAAAGAAACAACUUUGUGAACAGACUCAAACCUCUCCGGCCGUGCCUUCAUGUGAAAUGUGACUCCGAAAAUGAGAAGAGUGAGUGGAACCACUCACCUGCCCGAGCCAAGAAGCGCGUUGUGUUUGCAGACUCCAAGGGGCUGUCCCUGACAGUGAUCCACACCUUCUCUGAGUUCCAGGAGCCCCCUGUGUGGGAUCUCCAGUUUGACCUCUUAGGCAUUGAGGACUUAACAUCCGACCUAAAACUCCAUGAGGAGAAAAACUUGAUUCUGGGUUUCCCUCAGCCCUCAGCUGACUACCUGGACUUCAGGAACCAUCUGCAGAAGAACCUGGUCUGCCUGGAGACCUGCACCCUGCAAGAGAAGGUGCUGUCAGGCACUGUGAAAGUAAAAAAUGUGAGCUUUGAAAAAAAGGUUCAGGUUCGUAUUACUUUCGAUACGUGGAAGACCUACAAAGAUGUUGAGUGUGUGUACAUGAACAAUAUUUACAGUGAUUUUGAAAAUGAUACCUUCUCAUUUACCAUUGAUUUUCCUCCUGCCAUUUCCUCUGAAGAGAAGAUAGAGUUUUGCAUUUCUUACCAAAGUGGAGAACGUACCUUCUGGGACAAUAAUGAGGGUCAGAAUUACAAAAUUGUACAUGCGGAGUGGAAGCCUAAUGGUGUUCAGAUACCAUCUGCCAAGGAAGGCUAUGUAGAUCUUCAGACUUCAAGGAGAGGACAAGAGAGAGAACCUGAUCAACUGGGCAGUCCAAGGCUGUCCAGUGGCCUCUUCCCCCAGUGGCAGAGCUUGGGUCAGAUUGAAAGUUCAUUACCAUAUUGGUGA